AUGGCGGCAACUGUUGUUCCGCGCAUUACGGGCUAUCAUCCUACUUCAUUGGACGACUCUCUUCCCACUCCCACGCGCACUCCCAUAAUGCAAAACGGACAACCACCUCACAGCGAUAACACCAACCUCGUUUGGACGGAUUCGUUCAAGAUUUCAUGCAUUAAGGAGCUUAAUGAUAAAAAGAACUUCACCCCGGAAAGUCUCAACUAUCUUAUGUAUCUUCUAGGCGAAGAGAUUCGAACCCAAGAGCAUCCUCCAAGAUUGAGGAUCAUGGUUUCCACCUUCUUGGAUUUAAGUGCGACGGCCCUAUCGCGUGGUAAACCGAGUAAGUUCCUGGCACCAAUCUACCACCGUGAGUCUAAGGGGCAUUGGUCCAUUGUUUUUGUGAGCGAAGAAAUCGAGGUUUCAUCAGACACAACCUAUAUCAGAGCUCUACAUUACGAUUCUCAACCACACCAAAAGCGUAGUCAGGAUGUCAUGACGAAGCUCACCCAUUGGGUGGAGGGACAUUAUGGGAAGGACAUGAAGUUGAGGUUUUGGAAUGUUGAUGGUCCUGUGCAUGAUCAACGGUACGGCAGCGGACAAUUCGCCGUCAUGGCGGCCGUUGAGUUUGCCAAGUUUGGAACGAUCAACUUAAAAAACCCUCGGACAUGGGAUGUUAACUCAGGACAGUUAAUCAUGGACAUUCUAAAUGGUAAGCGCGUGGCUCUCCGUCAGGAUCCGUCGCAGUCCACCAUGGAUGACACCCCCUCCAAGCUGGGACGUCCCAAGUCCGCGCCCUCGACAGCCUUGCACAAGAAGCAGUCUGGCUCAGAAUUCCCUUCUUACAAAGGCGACAUGUUUAAACACCCAGACACAGCGCCAGAGCCUUCUCAUGAACGUCGCCGGGGGAGGAGCACGUCGUCUAUUAGAAGUGACCGGAGGAGCCAGACGCCCUCUAACUUGUCAAGGAAAUGGGCGGGGAUUGUCCACGGGAGUGCGGGCUCGAAGCCACCUUUUGUCGACGCACGUGAGCCCACCUCCAAGCGACGCAGGAUCGAGGGUUCUUUAAAGCUCAAUAUGGACAAUAAAGACAUUAUCGCGCAACUCCCUUGUCCGCAACUGCCAACCAGAUCUUCUCUGAUGGAAGAGAGUGACAAGCGUAUUGCCGACCUCCAUGAGAAAGAGCAGAGGUUGAAGGGGGGUGAAGAUGCGCUGAAUGAGAAUGCCCAGGAGUUUGCGAAUUACACAAAGAAGUUUAUCGACGCUGAUUCAGAACACAAGUCGGCCGAAGAUCAAGUUGACAAGAAAGUACAGGAAAAAAACGCUCAUGUCGCAAAAUACCGCAAAGCUCCUGCUGGAUUUGAAGACGGGUUGGCAGACGAGGACAUGGCCGACAUCGCCGAGAUGUUAAACACCAAAUUGAUGGAAAAGGUCAUAAAUCCCAUGAGGGUCAAUGUCGAGGAUAAGUUGAAGCAGAAGCGCAAAAUGAGCGCAAUGGUCAAGUCAUUAGGUGACCAGCGCCCGGGGCUAUAG